AUGAAAUCUGGAGCAACAGGUGCUGAAGUUAUCGUUUCUGGUAAAAUUAAGGAUGGGAAAGCGAAAGCUAUGAAGUUUAGUGAUGAACUCAUAAUCCAUUCUGGAGAUCCAGUUAACAAUUACAUUGAUAAGACUGUAUGUCAUGUUCAACUUCCACAAGGUAUAUUAGAAAUCAAAUUCAAAAUUAUGUUAGAUCACGAUAGUUCUAGCAAAAAAUGUCCUCGAAAAUCUUCAUCUGACACCGUCACAAUUUUGGCCGCUAAAGAAGAUUUACAAACACCAUUAUAA